AUGGCACGACUGGAUAGCUUUAUGCCCAUGAUGCGAGCAGCCGCGAGCACUACAGGAGAUUGCAGUAGGGAGACUUUGGAAGUACGUGAUGGAGAUGAUGUUAUGCAGACUCCUGUAGUCGAGAUGACCCUUCAUAUGGGAGUAUAUGAAGUCGCACCCGAUCAAGAAGGACAAUUAGAUUGUCCCGUUAUUGAUUUCCACGAUCGGAGACAACAUUUCACAGCGAACGCCGAUUCCAUCGUGGACAUAGAGAUGAUCUCUGAUGUUGAGAUCGAUUCCUCACCAGAUCUGACGGCGUCCGAUCGACGAAGGAGGCCUUUGGAUAUGGAAAAUAUCGAUCCUGGCUCAGCAACGAAAAGAAGAAAACAGAAUCUCAUACAAGAUAUGAGCUAA